AUGCCCACAGAAGAAAAACCAGACAACUACAUUCAGAAAAGGCUAGAUGCAUUGUCAGAUAUUGAUUUCAAGAUAGUGUCCCUUCUUGAAAACUUUUCGUCGUUUUUCGAAACCUAUUCCAACAAGGAUAAAGACCAAUUUAUAAAUGGAUCUAAACAAAUAUUCGACACAUUGGGUAAAGUAGCUAUAGACCUACGGAAGGAAGUGAAGCAUAUGGAUGACAACAUUGGAGUGUAUGAUAAAAAUAAAGAUGGUAUAAUGAUUCUCCCGAUAAAUGUUGAUCAAAAAAACGGUGAAUUAGGGAAGUUAAAGUUGAAUUCAGAGUUGAAGGAAUUGUCUGAGUUGCUAAACGAUGGGAACAAAGAACGUCCGGUCUCAGUGGAACAGGUAGUCGGUGCCGAUAGAGGAAAUACAGAAGAAGCGGAGGAAGAAGUACCUAACGCCAAUAAAGAUACUAUGAUAGAGGAUGGAAUAGAAGAUACAAGUCAAGACGUUAGCAUGGCCGACUAA